GUGAAAUCGUUAUCCUUAGCAUCAUUCCUCGAGAAUAAGUUCUUCAGUAAAGGUAAUUUCAAAAUGGCAUUCAAAUUAGUUCUAUUGGCCACCUUGGUCGUAGCUGCCAGCGCUGGAUUGAUCCCAGAGCAUGGAUACGCUUCUUCACAUCAGUCUAUCCAACAUCACCAUGCCGCUCCAGUUCAUCACUUGGCUGCUAUUCAAGCUGCUCCGGUGCAUCAUGUGGCUGCAAUUCACGCCGCACCUGUCCACCACACCAUCGUGAAAGAAGUUGAGCAACACGCCCCGGCUAACUACGAAUUCUCCUACGCAGUCCACGAUGAACACACCGGAGACAUCAAAAGCCAACAUGAGACACGCCACGGAGAUGAGGUCCACGGACAGUACAGUCUGAUUGAUUCUGAUGGACAUCAGCGCAUUGUUGACUACCACGCCGAUCAUCACUCCGGAUUCAAUGCUGUCGUUCGUCGGGAGCCAACGCACGUGAAGAUCGCCCAGCCAGUGCACAAAGUUAUUGCCCAGCCAGUGCAUAUUGCUUCUCAUGCUGUCGCUCCAGUGCAUCAUGCCACCAUCUCGCAUCAGGCGGCACCAAUUGCGCAUAUCUCACACAUUGCCGCCCCAAUUUCGCAUCAUGGUCUCUCGCAAAAUGGUCAUUAUUAUUAGAAUGAUUUAACCAGAUACUUCUCUUAGUCAGACAACUUAGAUAAUGAAAUAGGCAAUUUGUUCUGUGCUGAACGAAUAAAUUAAACUUAUAGCAUAGCAUAGCAUAGCAUAUGUGAUUGUACAAAUCGUGGGUGGCUAUACAAUGCUCAAUUCAAGCUCCAUCCGGAAUAAGGGCGAAAGUCGCAAGAGAGGACUCUCCCCAUCGACCCCCCCUCCCCUAAACAAAAGUGACAAGCAGCAGAUCUCUCUGUGGUUCAUCACCUCAGAACGAAAGAAAACAAUGCGAACUUGCAUUCUGAGGUGAUAAACUGCAAAGAAACCCCCUGCCUGUCACCUCCAUUCAAAUGAGGGGAAGUCGACGAAGAGAACCCCCUCCCGCGACACCCGCCCCCCUACCAGACAGAGCUUGAAUUGAGCAAUCCACUGUAUAUUGUCGCAAAUUGAUACUUGGGAUUAGUACCUUUUCCUAUACAGUAGCAGUUGUAUACCUGGCCACGUCCUUACAAUCACGGAAGGAAGGGAAGGAAUGUUAGUUCAACAUCUACUAGUGAAGAUGCAGGGAACCCAUACUACCUUCAUAGAUGUCUCGGGAAGGAAAAUUUGUGUUAGUGGGAAAGGUGAAUAAUAGGGAGCUUUAUUCGACAAUAUAGAGCGUUUGUCAAUAACAGUAUAUGCUGUAAAAAUAAUAAAAUAUAUUCAUCAAUUUACUUACGAACCGUCCUAAGGGAAAAACAAAACAAAACACAAAAUUUCGGCAAAUCGCGUGAUCGUUCUGCCGUCCGAAACAAGAGCCAACACGCACUGAACUAAUUAACUUUAUUACCGGCCGCGCAAUGCAAAACACAAAAUUUCGACAAAUCGCGCGAUCGUUCUGCCCUGCUGAACGAAUAAAUUAAACUUAUAUGCGAAAAUAAUUGAUAAAUGAUUUACUCCAAUUUUUUUUUUCAAACAUUUCCAGAAUGCAUGGAAAGCUUUAUUAUUUACUGGGGUGUGACAAAACCUUUAAACAUAAUAUAACUUGAAAUGGCAUUUGUUGUAGGAAAAUAGUUUCUAAAAUCCUUCAUACUUAUACAGGCACCGUUGUGCGUGAUAAGUUAUAGAUUAGUGACGCGGUAUAUUUUGAAUAAGUAAAAUUUUAAAAAUAAUUCUCACUCCAGGUGAAAUCCGAAGAUUCAGCAGCAAUCUGUACUUUGACGAAAAAAUGGUUGAUAAUUCUAAAAAAAAUCAUGAAUAGGGAUUUCAGAAAUGAACUGUUUAGUUUUCUAAAAUCACCAUUGGAUUAUGGUAAAUGAUCCAAUAGUGGAGGAACUAAGUAUGUUCUAAAACUUUUCAUUUUCCCAGAAUUAUUCAAAUACUUAUUUCACUCACCUUGGAUAUUUAUUUCACAGUUUUCCUAAUCUAUUUUAAUAGAAAAUGCUUCCGUCGCAUGCAUUCCAUACAUUCCGUCCUUAAAUGACAACUUUAAUUAUUGGUACAUUGUUCCAAUAGUUGCAUUAUUUUUUAAUUCGUGUCCCUAUACUAUGAACUCGGAAGUUAUAGCCAAAAUAUUAUUUUUACCGAAAGAUCGCCUAAGAAAUUUUCACUCAUUUUUUUGGCACUUAUCUUCAUCCGAAUUACUCGCAAUUCGCAAGUCGCAUUCGACGAAAAUUGGCCAGAUCGCACUAUGGGC